UACACAAGAGAAAAGAUUAGAUUUUUAAUAUUGACAUUCUGUACAAUAAACUGCUGCUAGCUUAAAGGGGCCUUGUAAUCUGGAUUAAACCAUCGUUUCAAGAUGAUAUGACGUACAGUAAUGUAUCAAGGUGGGACCAUAAGGAUGGAACUAUAGAGACGAGAUCAAUGUCCUGGGCGCAAAAUUUCGAAAGAAAAUAAAGUAGCAAUUAAUUGCUUCUAAUUUAGGCAGAAAGCCAGUAAUUUUGAGGGGAAGAGAGAUAGUCCAUUACUUCUAUCUUAGUAGUUGACUGGUAUUUUAUUUUAUCGACCCUGUGAGGAUAAAAGGUUAAGUUGACCUCCAUGGGAUUUGUACUCAGAGAAAAAAUAUCGUGAGACAUUUUUUUUCCUCGCAAACGACCGCCGUAAAUAAAAUAGUAAUAAUAAUGAGCCCUUCUGCUAUAGACACAAGGCCUGGAUUUUUUAAUGGGGGCGGGGAAGAGCCUAAUCGAUUACAUUGACCUCAAAAGGAUAAACAGUAAAGUCGACCCCGGCGGAAUUUGAACUGAAAAUGUAAAGAGGAACGAAAUGCUCCGAGACAUUUUGUUAUUUUCUUUCUUUUUUUUUUUUUGCGAGGGUGGAAAGGCAACGUCGACCUCGGCUUGAACUUAGAACGACAAAACGGACGAAAUGUCGCAAUGCAUUUUUCCCGGUGUGCUAACGAUUCUGCCAGCUCGCUAAUAAUAAUUAACAAUAGGAAAAAAAAAAUGGCGGCUUACUCCUCAUACAGAUAAUACCUGCAUUAUACCCGGGAGCAAAGGUGGCGAGCUAGCAGAAACGAUAGCACGCCGGGCAAAAUGCUUAGUGGAUGAUGAGUCAGAAUAAAGACAUAGAUGUGUCAGCUUUCUAACAAAAAAUAAAGAUUGUCAAAAUAUAAUAAUGGUGCAAAAUGACCAGCUGUAAGAGUUUACCAUAUACCUUACUACAAAUUUCAUAUGUGACGACCUAAUAAAUAAUGUACUCCAGGUACACUAUGCCCCACAAAAAAAAAGCCAAAAACAGGAUAGUCGCAGCUGAAAUGUUCAACGCGAUCAAUCCUACUCAGUAAACACUGAAACGGCAAACAGCUUGCAAAUCUGGCAAUCACUUCUAAUCUAUGUUUUAAAUAAGAUUAUUUAAAGUUUAUCUGAUUUGUAAUCUGGAUUAAUAGGUUUAUCAUAAAUAUUGUUGUGCUGUGAUGUCACUGCUAAUAACGAAAAGAGCCUGCCCUGUACGGCAAUUGUUGUGUCUGGACCUUGUUUAACUGUUACUGUUUUGGGACCAUGUACUGAAUGAAAUUUUGAACUGAUGGUAAAAACAAGAGACAAAAUCCACCUUCAGUGCCUUCAAAAAAGAAAUCUUUCAAAAGUUCUGGACUAAAUCUCUUACCAAAUAUAGAGAAACAGAACCUUGGACAUAAAUAAAUACAAAGUUUUCAUUAUGAACUUUUAAUUUCAUUUUUUUUUUUUAAUAAAUUCUAUGCAAUGAGAUCUGGUGAUUGGGUGUCUGAAAAAAUGAUUUUAACUAGGAUAAUUUUAUUAUUCAUGACAUUUGGAAAUGUAUGUAUUGCUGUACAUUGUCCUGAAAACUGUAAUUGUUUUAAAAACUUUGGGCUUUUAGAUUGUUCAAAUGCAUUUAAAACUAUUAUACCAGAUGAUAUUGAUUCACCUAAAUUUAUUACAGAGUUAGUCCUAAGAGGCAAUCAAAUUAAGCAAUUAAAUGUUGAUCUGCAUCAAUAUAGCAGUUUAACAUAUUUCGACAUUAACUCUAAUGGUUUGAUCAAUAUUGAAGAUAAUUCUUUUGAGCACCUGGGAAAACUGCACACAUUGAUCAUGAGGAAUAACCUUUUAUCGAAUCUAAGCAACAAAACAUUUCAUGGUUUAAAUAACUUGGUGUCUUUAGAUAUAAGUCAAAAUCAUUUGACUGUUUUACUCGACAAUACUUUCCAGUAUUUUCCCAAACUACUAGAAUUGAAUCUAACUGGGAAUUUUAUUCAUAGUAUAAGUGACAAUGCCUUCAAUGGUCUCUAUGCAUUGGAUAGCUUGCAUCUGAUAUCUAAUAGAUUGACGACUAUUCCUACUGUAGCUUUCAAAAAUGUUAAACAUUUACGGUUUCUUAACUUACAAGGUAAUAACAUAUAUCAUUUACUCAAUAAUAGCUUUUAUAAUAAUUCAAUGCUUGCAGAUAUUAAUAUUGCAAAUAAUAAUUUGAAAAUAAUUGAAGACAAAGCAUUCAGCGGGCUUGAGAAUUCUUUAGAAUCCUUAGACUUGAAUCAAAACUAUUUACAUGUUGUACCUACACAAGCAUUUCUUCAACUAGAACAACUUUCAAAACUUAAUCUUGGUGCAAAUAGGAUAAGUGUUAUUGCAUCAAAUUCGUUUUACAAUUUAUCUCAUCUUGAAGUUUUAUAUCUAAACGAUCUUAAUGACUUAACAAAAAUCGAUGGUCUAGCUUUUAAUCUUACCCAUUUAAGAGUGCUCCAUAUUGCUUUCAACCCACUUUUGAAAUACAUACACCCAAAAGCACUCUAUAAUUUACCUGCUUUGAAAAUUGUUUAUUUAAAUAAUAAUGGAAUAUAUAAAUUUCCUAAACAUUUUCUUCCCUGGCAGAAUUUGGAAACUCUUGACUUGAGUGGAAAUUUUAUUGAUUGCGAUUGUGAUGCACAAUGGCUGCUAGAUGUUUUUAAUGAAAUUAGUAAUAAGAAAAAGAAUUUCAUACAAAAAUCAUUGUGCUGUCGUUCACCCAAGCAUCUUCUGGACCUACCUGUUUCGACAUUAAAGCCUUCUGAUUUUCAUUGUCAUAAAUUAGCAUAUGGCUACGAUACUAAACACCAUAAUAGAACAUUAGUUGUUGUCAUUCUUAGUGUAUGUUCUACUGUGGCAACAAUCCUAAUUUUAUUCAGUCUCUGGCAUUUUAGAGAGAAAAUCUUUCCCAUAGCACAAUGGCAGUCUAAUUAUGAAAGACAAAAGAAUAUUCUCACCAUUCCUCAGAAUGAAGAAGACAGCCUUUCUGUUGAUACUGUAGCAUAACUUAAGAAAUAUCAGACAUUAGUCGGGGAGACGAAGAGAUUGUUGACGACAAAGGUGACAGUUGUUCUUAUGGGAAUUGGUGCGCUUGGCACAACACCCAAAAUGUUACCAAAGUGGCUAAAGGAUACAGGAAUUGAGACUUGCAUUGUCAACCUGCAGAAAAGUGCCAUCCUGUAUUCUGUAAGAAUCCUAAGAAAGAUUCUUGAGAUUUGAGAAGACUUGUAGUCAGCAAACUUCAAGUAACAUCCAUGUUAAUUAAAUUAGCAUACAACUUUUGAAUAAUAAUAAUGAUGACAUUAUUAUAAUUAUUACGGAAGGUGGUGAGCUGGCAGAAUCAUUAGUGUGCUGAACAAAAUGCUUAGCGGUAUUUCGUCCAUCGCUAUGUUCUCAGUUCCAUCUCCACCAUGGUCGACUUUACCUUUCAUCCUUUCAGGGUCGAUAAAAUAAGUACCAGUUGAACACUGGAGUUGAUGUAAUCAGCUCAUUCCCUCCCACCAAAUUGCUGCCCAUGUGGCAAAAUUUGAAACCAUUAUUAUUAUUAUCAUCAUAUAUUUAUAAAGUAAGAUUUUAUUUGUAGUAAAUGUUUAGUAACUACAACUUUAUUUCUUCACUUCUCCUUCUGAUGAUACCAUUUCUGUCAAUCAUUAUUUAAUGUACAUUUUUUUCCCAAGGCAGUGAGCUCGCAGCCAUCAAACAUGCUAGAUAAAAUGGUUUGGCUGCAUUUCGUCUGUCUUUAUGUUCUGAGUUCAAAUUCUGCCAUGGUCAGUUUUGCCUUUCAUCCUUUUGGGUUCGAUAAAUUAAGUACCAGUCAAGUACUGGGGUUGAUGUGAUCGACUAUCCUCCUCCCCACAAAUUCCAGGCCUUGUGCCUAUAGUAGAAAAGAUUAUUAAAUGUACAUUUUAAAAGGCUGGCAUUGCGUAGACAUGUGUCACUACUUGUAGCUCGUAGAGGUUUGUCACACGUGAAAAGAGAGAUAACUGGCCAAAUCUGUUUUUUGUUUUUGUUUUUUUUUUUGCUACUGGAUACUUUUCCUCUCACCAAAGACUUUACAGUAUGGACUGGAAGCUCUUAGUCAUGCCAUUGGUACAAUAGAGAUCGUUGUAGAAACACUACAAGUUCUCACAACUGUAUUUUUUUUUCUUUUUUUGGAUCACUACAUUCCUAGAUGGGUUGCCUGCAGUGCAGCUUGUUUCUUUGUCUCCAUUUGUUCCAUCACCUUUUGACUAAAACAGUUUGUAUUCAAUUGUAAAAAGUAAUAAAUGAUCAAAUUUAUUUUAAAAAUUA